UCGGGGACUCCCCCAAAAUUUCCAAAGGUAUGGAUUUUUCGCAAGAAUGGACAGAGGAUCACGAUCUGCGUUUCAACCAAGACUAGUCCCUUCUGUUUUCAGUAUCGUGAGAGAGGGCACCUGGGCAUGAACUGCCCACAGUCCGGAGCAGAGAGUAAGCCGAUACAGCUGCGGCAAUCAAUGUUGGUGGAGCCGGAUAACAAGCCAGGAGUAUGGUUCAUUAACCUGGUGCAAUACCAGGGAUGGAUCUUUGACGACAAUCUGGACAUCCCCCGGUGGGUAUGGGUGCUACAGGGGGUAUCGACUGUAAAGCCGGACAUAUACCCGCCGUACGACGGCAGGUGGCACCAGAAGGGGGCCAAAAGGAUGGAAGAGAAGGACAUUGGCUAUCUGACAAAACCUAUGAUCGACGAAUCCACGAUUAUGGACGAUAAGCAACUACUGCAGUUGAUGGAGGAACUCUACAAGUUGGGCCACGCAGCAGAAUCAGCUUUUCUGGAAAACAGAAGAGCGAGAGAACAAGCACAGAAGGAAACGUCCUCUAACAACCAAGGGGAGAGCAUGGUUUGCAAAGGGGAAGGAAGCAAAACAGGGGGCGGAAACAGCAUGGAGGACAAUUCAACCAGUUCGCCAAAAAGGAAGGCGGAAUCUGGGGACUCAGCUCAAAGCAAACACUCCGAACAAGACUCCAAACGCGCGUCCACAGAAAUGGGUGCCAAAUCAGGCUCUUCUCAGGGGAAAGCAGGACAAACUCAGGUGAUGGAGAUAGAGGAGGAGGGGACGGGCAAUCCUAGCCAGUCAGGUGAGGCGAUGGAUGUUUCGCAACAAGCCAGCAGCGAUCUCAGCACUUCCAUGGAAGCCUCAUCGGCCUCCAACCCGGCCACCCAAGGGGAAGCAACGUCAACACAAGGACAAGAGAAGGAAGUGAAGGGAGACUCAGACGAUGAAGAUUGGGAGGAGGAGGGGGAAGAGGAAGAAGAGGAGCCGUACACCCUGAUCAAGUGGAUCUGGACUGUUCACAACUUGCAAUGGGAACGACACAUUGAAAGUGAAAUCCGUCUGGCACACCACAAGCACCUAUGUAAUUUGAAACAGGCAACAACAACGGAGAUAGGCACCGCUUCCACAAACCGGUUUGAGAUUCUGAGAAGGGAACAGGAGUUGAACGAGUUCUAUGCCUCUCAGUACGGAUGGAAAGCCCAACACCACAAAAAUGAUAUCACGGUGCAAAAUGCGGGGUACGCCCAAAACGUACCAGCCGCAAAGGUUGAAGAGAUCUGAGAGGAAACGGAAGAUGCAGCAGGAAGGGACUGAUCAGGUUAGUCAGGAAAGCCAGGACUCUACGCCUUCGGGAGGAGAAUCGGUGGAACAAAGACUCACCUCAACC